GAGAGAGAGAGAGAGACAGAGAGAGAGAGAGAGAGAGAGAGAGAAGUGCACGAGUUUUGUGUUCUGAAGACUUCUUUUUGCUUCUUAAAUGCUGCUGCAGUGAUUUAGUGAUCAGUCCAUCAGGAAUGGAGGGAUGAACAGAGGAAGGAGACAGAGAGGUCUCACUGGGGGAUUUUAGACAGAUUCUCUUUUUCCCAGCGAUGGACAAACAAAAAGUUCUGGCUCGGCUGUUUUCGGACCUGCAGGCGUUCCUCCUGGUUCUGGAUGGUGAGAACCUCAGCUACCUCGCUCAGGCCAAGAAGAAGUCCAUCUCAGAUCUUCUGUCCAAACUGCAGGAGAACAAAGAGCCAGCAGUAGUGGAGGAUGCAGAGUACAUGAUCAUGAACUGUCCCUCUGGAGGCCCAGCUAAUAAUCUGAGGAGAAACUCGGCUACUGAUCCGGGUUCAGCUGAAGAUCCUCACUUCCAGUGGCUUCCCUGCACGUCUGCGGCUCCUGCGGUUCCCUCGCAGCCUCCGUACGUGUUAGAGGAAGACGAGGACUGUUAUGAGGAGGCGGAGCCUUUUAUUCCAGCCAAUCAAUCUACAGAUAAACUGGACUCAGAGAGCAGUCAUUACGAGUCGUACGGAGAGGAAGAGGAGGACGUCCCUGUGGACAGAGCUCACUAUAUACAGUGUGUCUCGUCUCAAACCUGCCUGCGACCUGCCCCUGAAUCGCGGCUCUGCGAGUAUCUGUGGAGGAAGAAGUGGCUCGGCCAGUGGACACGCCAGCUCUUCAUCAUUAAACAGGACUCUUUACUGUGUUUUAAGUGUGCUAAAGACCUCCAGCCUCUGUUGGAGAUGAAGCUGUCAGGCUGUCAGGUGGUGUACAAGUCCAAACACAGUAAGAAGAUGCAGCACGAGCUGAAGGUGGUGGGAGGAUCAGACACAAUCAUCCUGGGCUUCCAGAGCUGCAGCCAGGCCGAGGAAUGGAGGAAGACCAUUGAAGAGCUCACCGGAUCGUUAUACUGUGAGCCGGAAUCAACGUGUUCCUCCUCCAUCCUGAAGAGUGAAAGACUGGAUUCUUGCAGGUCCAGCUCGGUCCUUCACACUGAUUCAGAUGAUGAGAUCCUCUCUGUUCCUUCUUCUGCUCUGAGCAGCACUGAGAGCAACAGCUGUAAAGACAAAGCGGGGUAUUUGAACGUGUUGAUGAAUUAUCAGUGGCAGACUCUGUGGUGUCGAGUGGAGGCCGGAGUCCUGAAUCUGUUCAGUGAUGAGAGCAGUGAAGUGACGCCGCAGUACACAGUGCAGCUCACAGGGAGCGAGAUUCGUCCUGAUGCUCACACACACACACACCGCAUCACUAUACUACAGCAUGGAGACCAGGUGGCUGUCCUGGAGGCUGGCUGUUCUGAUGAUAAAGAGCACUGGGUCCAGCUCCUGCGGGAUGGGAGCUCUACUGAUGUUGUAUCUCCAAAUCAACACAACAGUCACGAGUCACUGAGUGGUUUGAAGACCCGGACGCUCCCUAAUGCCAACACGUACAUGGACGACCCUUUUCAGCAGCUCUGUAGUUCAGUCCGUGGAUCCCCCAUCUACUGUAACACCGCUUCACUGGAGCGCAUGCUUCAGAAAUCCCACAUUGGUGGAUACGGAGAAUCGCCGCCAUCGUCAGACUCUGCAGAAUACAGCAACUAUGACAUCUUCAGAAGCAACAGUAAGAAGGUGUGUGAGGUGGAGCGUGGUGUACAGAAGCUGCAGCUCACAGGUAAACGAGUGCAGGUGAGAGCAGGGUCAGAGAUCAACCUGGUCAGCGUGGGGGCCAAACCUUCUAAGCGCUCGUCCUUCAGACAGUCACUGCUCCCGUUCUGCUCAGACAGAACACAGGGAGGGUUUCUGACUCCACUCCUACGGAGAACAGCUUCCGCUAAACUCUCUCUGAGACGAUCUCCCUCCACUCUGCUCAUUGAACAUGGUCGUGUCUUUCACCGGAGGAAGGAGUGGGAGACGAAGGCUUCGGCUUGACCUGAACUCCUCCUCAUCUUGUACACAUUCCUAUUAUUAUUAUUAUUAUUAUUAUUAUUAUUAUUAUUAUUAUUAUUAUUAUUCAUAUUAAUUGCACUGAGAAUAUUCUGAUUACUGAGCAUGUGGAUCGUGCAUAUUUUUGUAAUUUUUUACAACAUUUUAUCAGUACUGUCGUUUCAUAACAAAUUCCACAUCACAGUUUCAGUUUCUUUUCCUUCUCACAGUCUGGAUUUGUUUAUUCUGAACCUCGGUUAUGAAUCUCUUUAACUUUCGUUCUGUAAAAUUAACAAAAAGGGUUAAUAAUGAAUAACGAAAGACACUGUAGUCUUAGUUAUGUGUUUGUAAAUGAUUUAGUUGUCCAAGCACCAGGUGACAAUAAUGACCUCUUCAUUAACGCUGUGGCUGCAGCUCUGUGGUAACUUUAUACAGGUGCACAUAUUUUAUACAAGUCUCUUUUUUAAUGAAAUGCCUUAAUUCUUUUUUAUCUUCUGGUUGUAUUGGUAUAAUGUAAAAUGUAUAAAAUUGAUAAUUGUGGUAUGAUGAUGAAUCUAUUCAUAAUAUUUGUGUAAUAAAUAAACCGGCGUUGGCUGAAGAACA